ACGUAAUUACUGACAACUCUUAAAACAACUCAAUCAUUUUCUGAAAAAGGAGACGUCCCUGAUUGAUGAAUAAAGUGAAUAUGUGAUACUGUGAUAGGUAAUUCAUAUUUCGUUUUCAUCACAAACACCAGAAGACAGAACUAUUAUGUCUGAGAGGCAAUAGGCAGCAGAACAGUUACUCAAGAAGUUUUCUUCACUGAACAUCUUGUUGGAUUUGUGAACACUGAAGCAAUGCAGCGCUCAAGACUCCUUGGUAGCAAUGCAGACAAGCAGUGGGAGGCUGAGAGACGAGGGGUUAAACGCCAAGAAAUCAGACUAAACAAUGGGCUUCAAGAGUUAGAGGCAGCUCAAAUGUAUCAUGUCAAUAGCAUGACUAAGGAGCAGAAACGCAUCCAAAAAGAUCUCAUAAAGAUCAAGCAAGCAACUGUGCCAAAGACAGCUUCUAAUACAAGAGGUGGAAACUAUGUCCCUAAAGCUGGAAGGCCAACAGCUUCUGGGAGCAAAGGACAACUGUCCAAUCGUAGCACGGGAGGAGGAAGCUCAGGAACGCUAACAACGACAGGAGCAGACAAAGCGUCACCUGCAGCACUUCAGAUGCGAAUUAAUGACUUUAUGGAUGGAAUUAGUAGUUUAAAGGUAAACACAGACCCUCCAGCCGCUUCAAAUGAUGAACCCUCUGCUUCUGAGGUUGUGGCAGAAGCAAAAGAGAAAUCACAAAAGGAAGCUCCACAAUUGGCAAAAUUGGAGAAAUCUGCAAGCUCGGCUCAUCUUAUCCCACAAUAUUCUAGGCAAAGAAGAGGUUCCCUUAUAAAAGAAAAUCAGACUUUAGAUGUGGAUAUGUAUUUACCUAAUGGGCGCCUCCGCACCAUGUACACAAUGCCUGACCUCAAAGACUCGCUGGAGGAGGCUAGAAAGGCUAGAUAUAUUAGGCACAGAGGUCUUGUUGAAUCAGAAAGAGAGCUCACUAUUGAAGAAAUAUUCCAAAAGGAAGACAAAAUGGCCGCUUCUGGCAAGAAAAAAGCCAAUCUAAGCCAAACACAUUAAAUCCUGUUAAGAAUGUAUGAAAGGUCAGAAAAAUGCAUUUUGAAAUUCUCUUGAAAACUGACCUAGCUUAGCAUUUACAUCAACCACUACUUGGGAUCUUCAGAUUGGAUGGCAUCCAUAAUUUUAUAUAUUUUUCAAUCAUAUUAAAUUGAUCAUACUACUUUUCCUUUAUAUAUUAGCUGUCAAGUGGCCAUUUUUUUUUCCUUCUUACAACCAAACAUUCAGGAGAAUUUCAGAACUGACAGGACUUAUCCAACUUCCUCACAAAACAUACAUGUAGAUGGUAUAUUUAACCUGCAUGGACAUAUUGACUCUGAAGAAUAGGAGAGGAUUUGAUUUAAAGGGACGUGGAAGUAAAACGUUAAUUUUCAUGUUUCAGAUAGUGUGCAAUUUUGAAAAAAAAAUCUAAUUUACUUUUAUUAUUAAGUUUAUUGGACAUAACUAGAAUAUAAUGAGUCCCAAUAUACACCUUAGAGUUUGUACCCAGU